AAAUGGCCAUGUGCAUGAGUAUUCAAGAAGUUCACGAUCUUUUGGAUAAUAUUUCAACACUUAUUGGAGGAUUUUUAUAUGAUAAAGCAAAGGAAUCACUUGUCAGCCUCAAAUUUGACCCUUGGUCAUAAGUCAUAUGGUCAUUUGGCCAAAUCAUAUGAUCAUAUAAUUGGAUAAUGGGAACCCAACCAGGAACGGGAAAGGGAGGCUACAAAGCUGAGUCCUGUGACAUCUUGGAAUGUGCUGGUCAACGGUCUAAUACAGUUGUCUCUUGCUGAAAAAUCGUAUAUGAGCUUGAUGUUCCUGGCACACAAGAGUUUUCUUCGAAAAGAUAGCUCUGCGCGUGUGUGUUACGAGGCGCUCUCGCUCGAGUACCAGCGGGUGGCGGAUGGCCUGACUGACACCACACUGGACCUCUGCCUGCUGCGCGCCUACCGGCAGCUGCUGCACUUUGUGCGCGGCCGACUCACGCUGCUCGAGUUCUAUGAGAAGCUGUGGCUGGUCGGUUCGGGCAAGAUACGUGGUGUUUCGGAGCUUACUGAACAGCUGGAGAACUUCGCCAGCGACCAGGAGGCCAACUUUGACCACCCGCACCUGGCGGCCCUCAAGGCUGUGGUCCGGUGAGAACCAGUCUGUCACUGGCCGGACGUGCCAUCAGGACGAUGGGUUGCUUGUGUCCGGACGUGUGACAAGGUACGAGGUGCGAACGCUGCUAUCGAUGCUGCGGACCCAGGAGCAGCUGGAGACGUGGCAAUUUCUGCCGGCGCUAAUGAGUCUGAACGAGGCGCACACCCACCUGAACAAGUUCUCUGCGUGCGUCCAGUCGCGUGAGACGCGGCGCCUGCUGUUCCGGCGCGCCAGCCAGGAGCCGGAGCUGAUCCAGUGGCUGCAGCGACUGCGCGCCGCACUCGUCGCCACCUUCUCACUCUAUUUCCGCGAGGUGCUCAGCGCCCAGAGCUCGGGCUCAGAGUUCAAGGCUCUGUGCGCCAAGACGGCCGCCGACCACUUUGCCAGGCUGCAGAGCUUCCAGCGCAAGAUGGACGCCGCGCUGGUGGCGCUGGCGUUUGACGGCACUGAGGAGGCGGUACGGGGCGGGCUCGGCUACAGACACCCGGAGCAGCGCGUGCCGCCGGCAGGACAGCACCCCAAACCGUACCCGGCCGUGCUCUGCUGCUCGAAGAGUGACGUGCAGGCGGCGCUCUGGCCCGAGGUGGUGGCCGCCCUCGCCGAGCCGAAGCUCGAGCUGUCCUCCAGCCGCGUCAGCCACGCGUGGCUGGGCCCGAGCGCCGCGCAGUCGGCCUUCUUCCUGGCCAUCAGCGACUGCCUCACCCUGGUCGUGGUGUUCGACGGCCGCCGGUCGGAGAAGGACAGCUACGUCACAUCCUUUAUGCUGGAGACCGCGGCAGCGCUCCGCUGCAGCAAGAUCUACCACAGCCUCAGACCCGGCGCCAAGUGAGCCGCGCGGCCCAGUGAGGGCGCUGUAUGAGUGAUAUGUGGGUCCCGUGACCAGUAAUGGCGGUCCGUGAGCCGCGUCGCUGACUGACGGUGGUCAGCGAGUCUAUUGGGCGAACCGUGUCUUUGGUAGGGUCGCCCACCAGGCUGUGAUAUUCCUCGGCAAUGGGAGUGAAGCACGCAUUUGCGUUUGACCUGGUUGAAUCGUCGCGAUUGGCCGUAGCGUUAACGGGAAAGUGUACUCGUCGUAAGGAUGGUCUAGCCGCACGUGUUUUAAGAUAGUGCGCGGUUCGAUGCGAUAUCAUACCGUCAGUCGAGCAUGUUUCAGCUCAGGAGACCCGGCGCUGAUAUGGAUCUCGCAGUGACGCCAUAGUUUUACUAUUACGUUUAGCGGUAUUUAUCGGGAAAAUACUUGUACGCUGAUUAUAUUUGGUUUCGACUUUCGAGGGUACAUCGCGAUGCGUCCACGCAUGAUAUCAAUCGCAGUCAAAUAAAUAUGCAAAGAGCUA